AUGAAGAAGGUCCAAUGUCCAGUAUGCAACGAGGAAGUCGUCGACACCGAGAUCAACCUGCACCUUGACCUCCGCUGCAGAGGUCUCGCCGGGCCUUCAUCCUCUGCUGCUCGUUCUUCCCAGGCCACACCUUCGGCAGAUAUCAAGCCCAAGCGCACCACUCCCAGCGCGAGCCAAGCGCCCGCUUCUGCUUCAGGGCACGCUUCCCGGGAGGUCUUCGAGGUGGGGGACGACACCCCUCCUCGCCCAACACAACCGAAGAAGCCGGUCGCGUCCAUCUUUGGCGGUGGCGUGAAGAGGAAGAAGCCACUGGACGAUGCAGAUGAGGAAGUGAAGCCGAAGGAUCUCGUCAAGCGCGCUGCUACUCAGAGGGAAGCGGGAGGGGGAGAGGUGGAGAAGAAGUCUAGGAUCAACCCGCUAAUUGCUGCUCAGCCACUGGCAGAACGAUCUCGACCCUCCUCUCUGGAAGGCUACGUCGGGCAGGCAGAUAUAGUCGGUCCCGGCAGCCUGCUCAGAGCAAGGAUAGAAGCCCGCGAAGGUAUCGGCAGCUGCAUCCUGUGGGGUCCUCCGGGAUGUGGCAAGACGACUCUGGCUAGGCUGAUAGCGAAGACUGCAGAUGCGGACUUCAAGGAGCUUUCAGCUACAAGCUCCGGCGCAGCAGACGUCAGGCAGGUCUUCGAGCAAGCGCGCAACGGCCUCAAGUUGACGGGAAGGAAGACCAUUCUGAUGGUUGAUGAGAUCCACAGGUUCAACAAGUCUCAGCAGGAUCUCUUCCUCCCAUAUGUCGAGAACGGCUGGGUGCAGCUCAUUGGCGCCACGACCGAGAACCCCUCGUUCAAGGUGAAUGGAGCUCUUCUGAGCCGAUGUCAAGUCUUCACCUUGCACAAGCAUGGUCCCGCCGCUCUCACUCAGAUCCUCGAGAAUGCGCUCUCGGCCCUGCCCGACCCAGCACCCCGUCUUCCUCCCGACCUUCUCCCUUUCCUGGCGGACGUAGCGGACGGAGAUGCCAGACAGGCACUGAACAGCCUCGAGCUCGCCCUAAAGGUCUGCACUUCACCCGCUCAGUCCACUCUGGGUGCUUUAGGGGAGUUGGAGAUAGAGGGAGACCAGGCGAAGCGGGACGAGCAGUUGAUGGAUGCGGUCCGCAAGGGUUUGAGAAAGGGGUAUGAUCGGAGUGGAGAGGAGCGGUACGACAUGAUCUCGGCCCUCCACAAGUGCCUGAGGGGAAGCGACGGGAGUGCGUCGAUGUACUGGCUGGCCAGGAUGAUCACUGGCGGCGAGGACGCUCUGUACAUCGCCCGAAGAUUGGUAGUAGUCGCCAGCGAAGAUGUCGGCCUGGCAGAUCCCCACGCAUUACCUCUGGCUAUGGCGACCUAUCAGGCCUGUCAAGUGAUCGGUCUCCCCGAGUGCCGCUUGAACUUGGCACACUGCGUAGCGUAUCUCGCCGAAGCGCCGAAAUCUACCCGCGCUUACACGGCCUACAAGCGAGCCGAAGCACUUGCCUCGAAACCACCUCUUCCUGGAGUCCCGCUGCAGAUCCGGAACGCGCCCACGAAGCUGCUCAAGCAGCUAGGAUAUGGGAAGGAGUACUCAUACAACCCCGCCUUUGCACAUCCGGUCCAUAACGAAUACCUCCCGCCCGAGCUGCUCGAACAUUCCUCAUAUGCUGCUGAUCCGGACAAGCACAUUCUCAAGACGCCGGAUGCGGAGCUGAAGGACAAGGAAUGGGAUGAGAAGCGGUUGGCGGAGUGGGAGAAGGAGGUGAACGGUGGAGCAGCGUGGACUGGGCCGUUUGAGCCUGAGCUAUAG